AUCUUCAAAGUCUACGCCGGGUGGAAACCAGUGGUGUUUCUCACAACACCAGAAGCAGCGGAAUGUCUCCUCGGUAGUAGCAAGAAUCUGAAGAAGUCUGUUGUAUACGACAAUCUGCACCCUUGGUUAGGUGCCGAUGGUCUAUUGACUAGUCACGGCGGCACGUGGAGAGUUCAUAGAAAGUUGCUAACACCUGCGUUCCACUUUCGAGUGCUCGAUAACUUUUUGCCAACUAUGAACGAACAAGCAGACGUGCUCAUCAGGAAGCUGGAAACGUUUACCGCUUCAGAGAAGAUAAACUUGUUUCCCCUCGCAUCAAAGUGUGCGCUGGACGUCAUUUGCGAAACAGCAAUGGGCGUCAAAGUCCAUGCACAAGCAACAGCUGAAGGUGUUCCUGGUUAUGCAAGAGACAUAGAAGUUGCCACACGCCUGUUCAUCAAACGAUGCCUCCGACCAUGGGCGUGGAUGGACAUGGUAUAUCAACUAACGAAAGAUGGAGUCACGUCUUCGAAACUUAUGAGGCGGCUACACGACUUUACAAACUCCGUAGUCGAAAGAAAAAUGAGGAAUAUGGAAGACUGUUCUCCACGCACCGGAAAAGGAGGAGUGCGCCUGGCCUUUUUGGACCUCCUUACCAGUCACCACAGAAAGGGUGCGUUGUCCAUUGAAGAUGUAAGGCAAGAAGUUGACACCUUUAUGUUUGCCGGCCAUGACACUGCAGCCCAAACAUUCACGUGGGCAAUCUACGCCUUGGGAUUACACCCAGAAAUUGAAAGGAGAGUUCACGAUGAAAUAGACACUGUAGUAGGGGACGAUGAGCACAUAACCACAGCCCACCUGAAGCAGAUGCAACUCCUAGACUGCGUGCUCAAGGAAACGAUGCGAGUUUUCACGAUCGUUCCAUGGGUCGGUAGGUACAUAUCGAAAGACACCGUCGUGGGAAAGUACGUAGUGCCAAAGGGUUCGACGUGUCACGUCUAUAUCUACGGUAUUCACCACAGUGCGGAUCAUUACCCUAACCCUGACCAGUUUGACCCGGACAGGUUCCUGCCAGAAAGUUGCAGCAAGCGUCAUCCCUUCGCAUUCCUACCGUUUUCGGCUGGACCCAGAAACUGCAUCGGUCAAAAAUUUGCACUCAUGGAAGUGAAAGUGCUGCUGGCGAAGUUCCUUCGGCAUUUUGAAGUUGAGAGUUGCGAGCACCCAGACAAGCUCCUCUUUUAUGGCGACCUGCUGCUACGCUCAAAAAAGGCAAUCAAAGUGAAGAUAACGAAAAGACCCAACGUGAGAUAAUGGCACCGGCGAGGACCACAUCAGUGCAUUGCCCAAGGCUACCGCAAGGCAUUCCCGAAGAAUGCCGACUUAUACGGAACUCGUUCAGUCUGCAACAAACAAGGCUAUUGUUGUGGUUCCCUUGCAUUUCGCGUGCAUAACUUAUUUC